GCGCAGUCUCAUUCCACAACGUCUUCCCUACGGGAUAUACGCACUGCGCCUGCGCUAUCUACAUGGUCCCUCACGCCGCCGUGACGUCACUCCGCCGUGGCCGUUAGGGACGAAGGAGGAAAGAGAGGGUGGCCCUCAUUGCGGCGGCGUACUGUACGUGCGCUGGUGGCGUCGCGAAGCGGUCAGUUCAGGGGUUCAAAGAGGAAAAACAUGGCGGACAACAAAGGAGGUGGCGGUGGGGAGACGGACGUUCCCGCGAGCAGUAACAACGGCAACAAUGGCAGCGGACAGGACGAGGGUAGCAGUGCAGGAACCGAGGCCCAGACCGUAGAGGAAGUAGAGAGCGGGGACAAGGCUGCCGCUUCGGCCGUUGCUGUGGCGGCUCCGGCAGAGGAGAGUCCGGCCCCCUCAUCCUCCGCGGCGUCCUCUUCCUCCGCCUCAUCGUCUACGCCGAGCGUAUCCGUGAGUCUGUUGGAUACGUGCGCUGUGUGUACGCUGAGUCUGCAGAACCGGGAAUCUGAGCCCAAACUGCUGCCGUGCUUGCACUCCUUCUGCCGCCGCUGUCUACCUGAGCCUGAGAGGCAGCUGAGUGUACCGUUACCCGGGGGCAGCAACGGAGACAUCCAGCAAGUUGGCGUAAUACGGUGUCCAGUUUGCAGACAAGAAUGCAGACAAAUAGAUCUAGUGGAAAAUUAUUUUGUGAAAGACACCUCUGAUUCCCCAAACAGCACUGAUGAAAAGUCUGAGCAGGUUUGUACAAGCUGUGAAGAUAAUGCAAGUGCUGUUGGCUUUUGUGGGGAAUGUGGAGAAUGGCUCUGUAAGACCUGUAUAGAAGCACAUCAAAGAGUUAAAUUUACUAAGGACCACAUAAUAACAAAGAAAGAAGAUGUGUCUUCAGAAUCUGUUGGGGCAUCGGGCCAGCGCCACGUUUUCUGUCCUGUCCAUAAACAGGAACAGCUCAAACUGUUCUGUGAAACAUGUGAUAGAUUGACAUGUCGAGACUGUCAGCUGCAGGAGCAUAAGGAGCACAGGUACCAGUUUUUGGAAGAGGCAUUUCAGAACCAGAAAGGUGCUAUUGAAAACCUCUUGGCAAAGCUUCUGGAGAAGAAAAAUUAUGUGCAUUUUGCUGCUACUCAGGUUCAGAACAGGAUAAAAGAAGUGAAUGAAACUAAUAAACGCGUGGAACAGGAAAUUAAAGUGGCUAUCUUCACCUUAAUAAAUGAAAUCAAUAAAAAGGGCAAAUCUCUUCUGCAACAGUUGGAGAGCGUAACAAAAGAAAGACAAAUGAAACUUUCACAACAACAAAAUGAUAUAACUGGUCUCUCCCGACAAGUCAAACAUGUUAUGAGUUUUACAAACUGGGCUAUUCAAAGUGGCAGCAGUACAGCACUACUGUACAGUAAGCGACUGAUUACUUUUCAGCUACGUCACAUCCUAAAGGCACGAUGUGAUCCAGUUCCAGCCGCAAAUGGAGCAAUAAGAUUUCAUUGUGACCCAACAUUCUGGGCAAAGAAUGUAGUUAAUUUAGGUAACCUUAUUGUUGAAAAUAAGCCAACUACUGGAUAUUCACCCAAUGUAGUGGUUGGCCAAAAUCCCCAAGGAACAAACCAUGUAAAUAAAGCCCCUGCACAAAUUAACCUAGCACAACUCCGUCUCCAGCAUAUGCAGCAGCAGGUGUAUGCUCAGAAACACCAGCAGCUUCAACAAAUGAGAAUGGUCCAGCCACCUGCACCACACCAAAGGCCAUCUGGCCCUCAAGUUAUGCAUCAGCAGCCUCCAAGGUUGAUCAGCAUGCAGACAAUGCAGAGGAAUAACAUCAAUUGCGUACCUUUUCAAGCGCAUCAGAUGAGAAUGGCACAAAAUGCUGCUCAAAAUGCUAACAGAAUGCCAGGUGUACCUCGCCACAAUGGACCUCAGUACUCAAUGAUGCAACCCCAUCUCCAAAGACAGCAACAUUCAAACCCUGGGCAUGCAGGUCCAUUUCCAGUUGUCUCGAUUCAUAAUAAUACAAUCAAUCCAACUAGCCCUACUACAGCAUCCAUGGCAAGUGCAAAUAGAGGCCCAACCAGCCCAUCUGUUACAUCAAUAGAAUUAAUUCCAUCUGUUACAAAUCCAGAGAAUCUUCCCUCUUUACCAGAUAUACCACCCAUACAGCUGGAAGAUGCUGGAUCAAACAAUUUAGACAAUAUAUUAAGUAGGUACAUUUCAAUUGGACAUUCGCUUCCACAGCCAACAAGCACUAUGAAUCCUUCACCUGGACCAUCUGCCAUGUCACCUGGUUCCACAGGUUUAUCUAAUUCACAUACACCAGUGAGGCCACCCAGUACAUCAAGCACUGGCAGUAGGGGAAGUUGUGGAUCAAGUAGUAGAACAGUUGAUAGAAAUGCUUUCAAAUCGGAUACAGUGAAGGUGAAGCAAGAGCCCGGAACAGAAGAUGAUGUGUGUAGUUUCUCAGGAACCGUUAAGCAAGAAAAGACUGAAGAUGGCAGAAGAAGUGCAUGCAUGCUGAGUAGUCCUGAGAGCAGUCUGACCCCUCCACUCACUACCACUCUGCAUCUUGAAAGUGAUUUGGAGGCUUUGGCCAAUCUAGAAAAUCAUGUAAAGACUGAACCUAACACCACAGGCCGAAGUUGUGAACAGUCAACACAUGGUACCCUUGUCAAUGGAAAGUCUCCAAUCCGUAGCUCUAUGCAUCGAUCACCGCGAGGAGGCGGCGGAGGUGAUGGUACGAACAAAGAUGAAGAUCCAAAUGAGGAUUGGUGUGCGGUGUGCCAAAAUGGAGGAGACCUCUUAUGUUGUGAGACGUGUCCAAAAGUGUUUCACUUAACGUGUCAUGUACCUACACUCCUUAGCUUUCCAAGUGGUGAGUGGAUCUGCACAUUUUGCAGAGAUCUGAACAAACCAGAGGUUGAAUAUGAUUGUGAUAAUUCACAGCACAGUAAAAAAGGGAAGACUGUACAAGGAUUAAAUCCUGUGGACCAAAUGAAAUGUGAGCGGCUUCUCCUGUAUAUCUACUGCCAUGAACUGAGUAUUGAGUUUCAAGAGCCAGUCCCUCUAACUAUACCAAACUACUAUAAAAUAAUUAAGAAGCCAAUGGACCUAUCCACAGUUAAAAAGAAGCUGCAGAAGAAACACUCCCAACACUACCAGACACCAGAAGACUUUGUAGCAGACGUCAGGCUAAUAUUUAAGAAUUGUGAAAGGUUUAAUGAAAUGAUGAAAGUUGUUCAAGUUUAUGCAGAAUCACAAGAAAUUAAUCUGCAGAAUGACUCUGAAGUGGCACAAGCAGGAAAGGCUGUUGCAUUAUACUUUGAGGACAAACUUCCAGGAAUCUACCCUGACAGGACCUUCCCACCAUUGCCAGACUUUGAACCAGAGGACGAUGAUGGGGAAAUAACUGAGGAUUCAGAUGAUGAUUUUGUACAGCCUCGGAGGAAACGCCUAAAGUCAGAUGAGAAGCCAGUGCAUAUAAAGUGAUUUUAGUGCUCUGGACUUCAUAAUUUCUGUAGAAUAUGUGGACUUUUAAGAAAAACUUAUUUAAGUGUUCCUGGAAUAUCUUCUCGCCUGCACCAGCCACCUUCAAGGAGAAGCUGGCAGCUUUUAGACAGUAUUAGACCAACUGAUGUUUGUACAGAAGAGAUGAACAUUCUUUUAAAGAAGACAGAUGGAGGAGACUUGUAGUCACUUUGUUUAGUGUUUUUUGUUUUUUCAUUUUCUUCUUCUUCUUUUUUUUUUUUUUUUUUUUUUUUUUUUUAAUUAAUUUUUAUUUGAUGCUUGAUAGACUCUGUCCCAAGGGACAGUCCAUGCGUAAUCUCAGUUAGGUUUUGUGAAAUGUCAAGGACAAUUUUUUGGUUUGGUAUUCUCACCCUCUGUUUGUGCAGAUCUCGAACUGGACUUGGUGGUUGUUGUUGCUUGUUAAUAUAUUUUCUUUCUUGAAGAUCGGACCAGUACAUGCGGUUUACUGUAACACUUUCUCCUCUCCAUCAGGCUGAUUUGUAGCUUGACUUCUUCUGGAACAGUGAAUAAAAUGGUACAGGUUUAAAUGUGCUCUUUGAAUGAUUAACCAUUAAUUUAAUGGUUAACCAUUUAAUCAUUCUCCAUUUCCAUAUUUUUUCAAUGUCUUGAGUGGUUAGCUGUGUGGGUUAUCCUUCAAGAUUCUGAUAUAUAGAUAUAUAUUUUGUGAAGGAAGCAGUUUAACUUGGGUCAUAAGAACAUUAACUUUUGCUAUGUAUAUAUGAGGAAGCUUAUAAGUGUUCAUUCAUAUUGCAUUAUUUCAGGCAACAGAUUGUCAACCUUUGCUGUUGUCUUGCAUCCAAGACAAUGAAAAAAAUAAAUUAAAAUACUGAUUAAAUAUUCUUGAUUUUUCAUAUUUUAACACCAGUUGAGUAGUAGAUGGAAGCUGUUAGUAAAUUUGAGAGAAUCAAAAUGAAUGUCUUCCUGCAUUUUUAAACUUAGUUUAACAAAUGUAUAAUUUUGUUAUGCACACUGUCUUUUAUUUGUACAUAUAGCCUGUCGCAGGACAGCAGCCUUUCCAGACUUGUUUUUUGAUGAAGUGUGUUCCUAUAGAUGGACUUUGAUGCAAAGCUUGCUACUACUGCAAAUCCUUGAAACCACUUAAUAGAGAAAUGUCUGCUGGAAGAAGCCCAAUAAAUCCAGUCAAACUUAUAAGCAAACUGCACAUAUGCCGCCUUUUCCCUGUUGAUGAUCUAGUCACCCU